AACAAACUGAAACAUGGCAGAACAACCUCUCAACGGUGCCUUCUACGGUCCAUCAGUCCCACCACCAGCUCCCAAAGGCUACUUCCGCCGACCCGGUCACAGCCGCGGUUGUGGCUGCUGCCUCCUCAGCUUCUUUGUCAAAGUCAUCAUAGCCAUUAUUAUCAUCCUUGGCAUAGCCGCUCUUAUCUUCUGGCUCAUCGUCCGUCCUCGCGCCAUCAAGUUUCACGUCACCGAAGCUUCCCUUACGCGCUUUGAACACACUUCCCCGGACAACAUUUUAAGGUAUAACCUAGCCCUCACAGUUCCUGUCCGUAACCCUAACAAGAGGAUCGGAGUGUACUACGAUAGGAUCGAAGCUCAUGCCUACUACGAUGGAAAGCGGUUUAGUUCCACCACGUUAACACCUUUCUAUCAAGGACACAAGAACACGACCGUUCUCAGACCAGUGUUCCAAGGACAAAACGUUGUUAUCUUUAACGCGGGAGAGUUACGGACCUACAACGAGGAGAGUAUCGCGGGAGUUUACGAUAUUGAGAUCAAAUUUAGGCUUAGGGUUAGGUUUAAGCUUGGGGACUUGAAGUCUCGGAGGGUUAAGCCUAAGGUUAAUUGCGAUGAUCUAAGGCUACCUUUAAGUACAUUCAACGGAACUACAACCUCAGCUACCGUUCUCCCUCUCAAGUGCGACUUUGAUUUUUAAGUCUAUGCUUUCAUCAUGUUCUGUUCCAUACCAUAUAUAUUUGUUUGUUUCUUAUUAUUAUUUUUUGUAUGCACAUUGACUUAUCCUCUACAGAGCCUUUUUGUAUACAUAUUUUCAUCUUCCCUUUUUUUUUUGUCAGCUUCAUCUUUCCUUGUUCAUUGUUAUAUAUAAAUAAAACUUUAUUUCUG